AAGAAGUGAAGGUGGAAAAUUUUAGUUCCGAGGAUUCUGCCUCUGACGAUGAGGGGCGUCGACCCCUCCCUCCUCCAGAGGGACUGAUGCAGCCACAGUAACGAAGAAGAAGAAGGAUCCUUCGGAACUGAGCCAGGAAUCGGAGUUGUUCUCCGGGUCUUCAAGAAGCGCCUCAGGAUCUUGAUCAGGAAUCGGAGCUGUUCUUCGGAUCUACAAGAAGCGCCUCAGGAUCUUGAGUCCUUGUGCCGUGGCAGUUUCAAAAACUAGACAUUGAGAAAGCAAACGUAUACGUUGACAUUCAUCAUGUUUGAGCUUUAUUGCAUAUUACUUGCGGUAUUAGCAUUCAUCUACGGAGACUUAUGCGCUUCAAUCAACCAAUUGCAGAAUUUCUUUUGUUCUCAAGGAGUCGACAGUGGUUUCCGAGUACCUAGUGCUCUUGUUGCUGCUGCUGUUGAUUCUCUUGAACCAGAAAUUGUGGACCAGCGGAACAGCUUGACGGCGCCAUCCUCUGCCUUUGCCAAACCUGGUUUGGUCUUGCUGGCAGCCCUGGCGCUUGCUGUUUUCUGGAAAUCUGGAAUGUUUGGACCGAAAGGUCAUGAAUUGGAUGAAUGUCUGGAAAGCGAAAGAACGAAUGUGAGCGAUGACAUGGAAACUGAUUUGAGCGAUAGUGAGAAUGAUCUGGAAACUGAUUUGAGCGAUAGUGAGAAUGACGUAGAAAAUUAUUUGAGCAAUAGCGAGGAUGACAGUGAUACCGAUAUGAGCGAAAGUGAGAAUGAACUGGAAGCUGAUGAGAGUGAAGUGUCUAGACUAGAUGAUAGUCUGGACACGGAAGACCUGGAAGAUGCUGAAGAAGAACAGGAAAGUGAUAUGCUCGAAGUAUCUAGACAGGAAGAUAGUCUAGAUAUGGAAGACCUCGAAGAUACUGAAGAAGAACAGGAAAGAGAUAUGCUCGAAGUAUCUAGACUGGAAGACAGUCUAGAUAUGGAAGAUCUGGAAGUGCCUAGCCCGGAAGAGAGUCCCCCCGACAUGGAAGAACCAGAGAUCCCUGAUCAAGAAGAGUCAGAUGUAGAAAAACAAGCUCUGGAAAGGAGUCAAGUUUACGGAAAUAAACUGGAACAUCUCUGGAAGGAAUCACAGGAGGAGAUUGUGCGGCUUCAAAACCAACUUGUGGACCAAGACAAGUUGCUGGAAAAGAGCGCACAGGAGGCAGCAGGACUGAAGAGAGAAAUCGAGAACGUCUACCUUGAAAAGGAACAUGUUCUAACUGAAAAGCGGCGCCUAGAAGGACAUUUGGAACUGGCUAUAGAUCGAGGAGAGAGGAUAGAGAACUUGAAUAAAAAACUGAAGGAGAAAACAGUGUCUCUAGAGAGCCAGUUAGAGGCGAAUGACGUCUUGCUAAAGAAAAGGGACGAAGGGACUGACCUUCAAGACAGAAAUUGUGAGCUAGAGAAGAAGCUGGCAGACGAGACCCAGAAAAACUUGAUAUUAAUGGACAAAGUUCAGUCGCUAGAAUUGAUUUUGGGGCAAAAGGAAUCUCGGCUGGUUUCGGCAACAGAAAUUCUGACUGCAGAAAGAGCGAAAACUGAGAUUAUGGCCGCUGAACUCAAAAAGAUGAAGAACUGGGUCUCAGAACUAGGUGUAGAAAAUGCAAAGUAUAAAGAACAGUUAGAGGAAAAAGAAGCUGAAGUGACUAAAGUGACGAAAGAGUUAGACAAUGGAAAGAUAACCACCCAAACUCUGGCUGGAGAAGCCCAGGUUAUGAAGAACUGGGUUGCAGAGUUAGGAGGAGAGAACACCAAGCUUCAGGAAAAGGUAGACGAAAACCAACUGCAAAUAAAUUCUCUUAAGAAAUCUUUAAUGAGGGAGAAACAGAGGAGCCGAGUUCUACAGGAUGCUCUCCAUCAUGAGAAGGAGAUGGAAAACUUGUUGAAGGAAGAAAAGAGGAGGGGAAAUGAGAUGGAAACUUCCCUGAGAAACUUAGAAGUAGAACUCCAUAAUAGGGACCUCCAAAAAGAAAACUUCUUAAACACAGAAAGAAAAUUGAGAUGUGAAAUAGAAGAUCUAGUAGAGAAACUAGCCAUCACUCUCAAUCACGGGAAGGAACUGGAAAGCUUGCUGGAGGAGGCAGAAGAGAAGGUGAGGAAACUUGCAAAAGAUUUCGAGGAAGAGGUCCAGAAAAGGGAGGCACAAAAACUAGAUUUCUUGGGCAAAGAACAACAACUCAAAGGAAAAAUGCUAACGUUGGAAAGCAGAUUGAAAAAUGCUGAAAAUCUUCUGAUGAAAGAGGAGAGGGAAAAUUUACACUGGCAGCAAAGGUUACAGGAAAAGGACAAAGAAGUAGAGACGCUGAGGAAAGAUGAGGAGGACCAUCGAGAACAAAUGAAGGAGAUGGAGGACAAACUGCAAAAUCUCUCCAAGGAGAGAAACAGUCUGAUCGAAGCAGUCGAAAAACAGUCGAGGGAAUGCCACCUUUUCAUUGCAGAGAAGGAGAGAGAGAAAAGUGAAAUUAGACUGUAUUAUCAGGAGAGAUUGGAUCAGAAGGACAGCGAAAUGAAGAAGCUGAUGGAAGAAAAGGAAGAAUAUGAUAAAUUGAAAGAAAAUUGGAGGAUCAAGGAAGAAAAGAUGAUCAGGGAACAGCAACGUCUCAUGGAGCGUCAGAGAAGACAGGAAGAGGCUCUGAGGGAUCAAGAUAAAUACAUGUUAAUGACGCUUCUCCAUGGCACAGCUCAGAGGAACUUCCAUCUGCAACACAUUGCACUGCAGCAUGGAAUUGAACAGGAGCAGCAAGAUGGAGGGCAAGAAGAAGACCUCUGGAUGAGAAGGGAGAAACAAUACAGGAAAUACUGCGAUGCCCAGAGUGACAGGAGCAACUACGGGAAGCAGUGGGAGGUCCUUACUCAGACAUUGACGGACCUCAUUCAUGAAGAAGAAGGAAUCCCGCAAACAACGAACGGGGAUUCUAACGAGAACUGUGAAAUUUUCGAUGGAAACCCAGAUGACAAAAUGUGUCAUCAAAGCAAUGACAAAAUAGAGCCCCAAAGAGCCGAUACUGAUGAAGAAAAUGUGGGUUGAGUA